UGCUUACAUCGAAAAUCAUCCUGAAUUCAGUCAUGUCAUGUGAAAGAAUGACUCUGGUUCGAAUGUUGAUCAAAACUUUUUUCUGUUUUUUUUUAUCUAUUACAUUAUUGCAUUAGUACUAUUGUCGAGAAUAAGCAAAAAGUAUAGUCUAGUGACUAACGUCGGGCAAAGCUGAGCCGCAAGUCAAGAGCAAAAUAACUUACAAUUUAAAAAAAAUCAAUAUUAUUUAUAUAGUCAUCGCAGAUGUGGUGGAACUAUGGGAGUUAUAGGUAUCCUGGUACUCACAUAUUUUGAACAUUUUCUAGCAGAAAUUUAUUUUUUCUUCAUAUUCUUCUCCUUGAGCUUGCAUAGUUUCAGAGUCAUUCCGCUGCCGCUGACUCAUGUGAAACGCAGAAUAAAGCAGAAAAUGAGAAAAAACGAUUAAUCCUGUAAAAUAAGACCAUUACAACGAUAUGAGUUCUGUUCAUAGCAAAAAUAAAAGACAAAUAAGAAAAAAUCAAAUUCGCCGGGUACUUAACAAGAAUAUUUUCACUUGGAAAAAGGCAUAAUCACUGAGGCUUUUUUUUAUUAUCCACUGUUUAUCUGUUGUUGUUGAUUGAUAUUGUUUCUUUCUGGAGCAUCAUCCAUUAUAUUUUUACAAAAGAUCUGUUGUAAAUGAAAUCAAGUUCUUUUUAAGCAGCUAAAGUUGUACGAUAUAAAUUUACUUUUGAAUGAAGAAAACAGAUGUUUAACUAAGUGUUUACAACAGAUAUUGUUAACAUUUCUCGUAUAACUGAUGUCAGAGUUGGAAAUGAUUUUCGAUUUUCUUUCCAAUCAUGUCAUACUUUAUCACGUUCAUCAUCAUUUAAAGAAACAUAAUUUUUGUUCUUACUUGGUUCCAUGAAAGUCAAAGCCACAGGGCUUUACUGUUUCAAGUUUCAUGCCCGCAAGAUCAAGGUAAAUAAUUGUCAGAGCUACCGACCUUUGUUUCUCGACUGCAUUCAUACGAACGCAUUAUUGUCCUUAUUUCCUAUUUAUUAAUACUUGAUUAUUGCAGCAAGUGAAAUGGCUGCAAAGCAAAAACAGUUGCUUUAGCAUCGAAAACAUACUUUAUUCCUUCAUUCUUUCGUUGUCUAUCUCUCUAUCAACGAAUUCUGUUUUGUGAUGUUGGUUUUUUUUUUGUUCAUAAAACAAUCUAAUCCAAUAAGCGAAAAUAUUCUUUUAAUGUCAUCGAUAACAAUGAGAGUUAUUGUCUAUUUGUUUCUUUUAUCGAUUUGAAUUUCCAGUGCCUUUUGUUCUUCUGUGUAUUCUGAAUAAUGAACAAUCACGAAAAAGAUUUAUAUUCUUUUCUAUUUAGAUCAGUCUAAUUCAACAAAAUAAUAAAAUCUAAAUAAAUUAGUAGAAUUUCUAUUUCAGGUCUUGCUCAAUUUGGUUUGGGUCAAAAAGCAAAUCCUCAAGAUUAUAAUGGACCUUGGGGAGAAGGAGUCAAAUGUCCUUACGAAAAUCCUCCUUUUCCUGAUGGUACUACCGUAUAUAAAGGUUCAGUUCCACCUGCUAUGACUACUGAUGCUGUGAAUUAUCUUCGUGAUGCAAACAUUAACAUGUUUCAAGUCAGCGAGACCAAAACAUAUCCUAAUUUAGCUAAUCUUUAUUUUGUGAUGAGAAAAGAAUUUCACCCUUGGCAUUAUUCUGGAGGUAAACUCUUAACUGGUUGCUGGACAGGUGUCACUGUUUAUCAAUAUAUCAAUCAUCCAUAA